AUGAAGCUGCUCCUGGGCCAUCAGCUCCAAAAACUGGCUGAAGCUCUGUCCACCGUCCUGGCUCUGGACAAGAAGCUGAGCAUUGGGACCAGAGAGGACAAAUCCCCACGGCAGAACCUUGUAGAAGAGGCCGUUAUGAGUGACUCCAGGGCACAGGAAUCCAGCAGGGAGGAAACUCCCCAGAGAUCCCACAGGAAUAGGGGGUCCAAACCCAGCCCAGUGUGCUCUGAGGAGGAAAGACCCUCCCUGAGCCAGGAAGGUGGACAGAGCUUCAGCCAGAGCUCAGAGCUGGUGGUCCAUGAGCAGCUUCAUGAUGGAGAGAAGCGCUACAAGUGCUUGGAGUGUGGGAAGAGCUUCAGGCAGAGCAGCACCCUGAUCAGCCACCAGAUGAUCCAUACCAGGGAAUGGCCCUACGAGUGUGGGGAAUGUGGGAAGGGCUUCAGCUACAGGUCAGAACUCAUCAGGCACCAACGCAUCCACACUGGGGAGAGGCCCUACGAGUGUCCCCAGUGUCAGAAGAGGUUUCAGACCAGCUCCAGUCUCCUUCGCCACCAGCAGAUUCACACAGAGGAGAGGCCCUUCCUCUGCCCUGAGUGUGGGAAGGGCUUCAAGCGCAACUCCAACCCCAUCAGGCACCGGCGCAUCCACACCGGGGAGAGGCCCUACGAGUGUCCAGCCUGUGGGAAGAGGUUUCAGAGCAGCUCCAAUCUCCUCCUGCAUGAGGGAAUUCACACAGAUGAGAGGCCCUUCCGCUGCCCUGAGUGUGGGAAGGGCUUCAAGCGCAACUCCCACCUCAUCACCCACCAACACAUCCACACUGGGGAGAGGCCUUAUGAGUGUCCCCAGUGUGGGAAGAGCUUCACCAGCAGCUCUAACAUGACAAAACAUCAAUGGAGGCACCACUAA